AACCGUGGACGACUGACUCAUUGAUGACAUGACGUGGGCCUGGAGAAGCGUCCUGUGUGCGUCUGUGGUUUGCGGUCUGGCUCUGGACUCCAACACCAUCAGGUCGUCCAAAGAGACGGUGCAGCAGAGCUCCAAGCAGCUGAAUCGUUCCCAUGGUUACCAGGGGGAGCGGGCCACCCGGCACCGAACGGAGAUGAACUCCAACCGAAGGCCAACGCCUGCCUGCAGCACAGCUGAGUGUGACGUCCCUCAGAGGGGGGCCUGCAGUAACCGAGCCCAGAGGAGGCCUUCAGCCCAGGACAGACAGGUGCACAAUCACAGAGAGCAGAGAGACAGCACCAGCUUCAACAGGACCAAAGCUGUGGAGAUGUCGACCUGCGUCCGGUCCAGGGACUGCGCAUCCGGCCUGUGCUGCGCUCGCUACCUGAGCCGUAAGGUGUGUCUGCGCGUUCCCAGCGAGGGAGAGGCCUGUCAGCUGCGCGGCGCCAACAAGGGGGACAGGAAGCUGGGGCGCUGCCCCUGCAGGGAGGGGCUGUCCUGCAGCGCCGCCGGCCGCAGACACUCGGGCCAGGGCGUGUGCCGGUCCCGACCAGAGCAGGUCCAGAGGAAGAAGAAGAGGCGCACGGCAGAGAACCACUGCUGA